GGCGCAUCCAGAACCCCAAAUUUGCACGCCCUUUCGUCCAAUAGCGCCACAUAAAAAGCACCUCUUCUCGUCGCCUUCCUACUCCAAAACCCUAAUUCUUCGACCACAGACGUUGCACGAACAAUCAACUCAAAGACGAAUGGCGAAGCGAUUAAUUCCUUUCUUCAAUCGUGUCCUGAUCGAGAAAAUUGUUCCUCCUUCCAAAACCACCGCCGGCAUUCUUCUCCCAGAGAGCUCCACCAAGUUGAACUCCGGUAAGGUGGUUGCAGUGGGUCCUGGUGCACGGGAUAGAAACGGGAAUCUGAUUCCGGUCAGUGUGAAAGAAGGUGAUACCGUUCUUUUGCCUGAAUAUGGAGGCACGUCGGUGAAGCUUGGAGAGAAAGAGUUCCAUUUGUUUAGAGAUGAAGACAUUUUGGGAACUCUACAUGAUUGAUAGAUUCAUCCGACUCCAUGGUGUGGUCGGAUUGCGCUUUUUGCAAGAGGAGCUCAUUCUGGUACUCUGAGUUGAUUCUCUUCUCUUCCAUGUUGUAGCUUCUUAUUCACUGCAAUAAUGAAGGAUGCCAUCAUUUUAUGGUUAGUUUUCCAUUUGGAUAAAUCUUAAUGGAAACUCUUUUCAGUUCAUCGUUGCUUCUGUUGUGAUUCCUUAUCUUCAUUCAGCAUUUGUUUUGUUUUUCCAAUGGGUUGGAGGAAUAGAGAACUGUUGUAUUUGAUGGCUAAGGCUAUUUUGUAGGAAUUUUAACAUACGAUUAUGGAAAUAAGAUAGUUCUGAGUUGCUUCAA